UGGAGGAGCGAAGAGGAGGCUGUGAGGUAAUAGUUUACAGGAGGGGGUGUUGGUGGUGGAGAGAGAGACGGGAUAUAGGACGAGCAUAACACAGAGGUUUGGCUGCAGACUCGCCAGGAUCCCUUUCGCCGCCUCUCCCUCUCAGAGAGUUGUUUGACAUUACAACAGAAAAAGAGGAAAUAGAGGACCACUGGGACAAGACGCCUUCAGGUUCGGUUGUUACAUAGUCAGUGUUCUUUGGCUUUGAGAGCAGCGACUCUAUCAGGCAGAAGAAACCAUGGAUUUUGUAAUGAAGCAAGCUUUGGGUGGGGCCACCAAGGACAUGGGUAAGAUGCUCGGUGGGGAGGAGGAGAAAGAUCCGGAUGCAGCUAAGAAGGAAGAGGAGCGACAAGAGGCGCUAAGGCAACAGGAGGAGGAGAGGAAGGCCAAACAUGCUCGCAUGGAGGCAGAAAGGGAAAAAGUACGGCAGACCAUCAGGGACAAGUACGGCUUAAAAAAGAAGGAAGAAAAAGAGGCGGAGGAGAAAGCCGCCAUGGAGCAGGCCUGUGAGGGUUCGCUGACACGCCCAAAGAAGGCAAUCCCAAGAGGCUGUGGAGACGAUGAAGAGGAUGAGGAGAGCAUCCUUGACACAGUCCUCAAGUAUCUGCCCGGACCUCUGCAGGACAUGUUCAAGAAGUAAAUGGAAGAACAAGGAGUAUCAAACGAACCCUGAGUUCAGGGUCCGUUCCGGCCUGGGUCAGGCUGCAGGGCAAAUGGGGAAGCAGGGAUCUUUGUGUCGGGAACCUUUAGUAUAGACUCAGAUGGUUUUAUUGUAGAUGUUUGGGUUGCAGAAUUUGUCGGGAGCAAAAUAGAUCUGGGAGGGGGGGAUUCUCAAACUUUUAGAGGCUACACACUGCCUUUGUAGAGACAUUUUAUUCUUUUCUACUCCUUAACGGCUGCGUUGAUUGGAUUUUGGUUUUGCUGCAUCAUAUUUUAAACUGCCAGCGAGUGCAUGUUUUUAUUUUUUUUAUUUUACAUUGAUUUAGACUGAAGUGUUUGUCACAUUCCUAUAAUGGAGGACAACAUUCCGCAUUACACCUUUUCAAAGAGCUAUGUCACCAUGUUUUCCAGCAAGCUUCAGUCAUUAUAGAGAAUGUUUCCUACAUCUGCAAACCCGAACGUCUUAUUUCAAUGACAUUUACUACAUUAGAAAAGUAUUUAGGACAUGUGCCUUCAUAUUGUCUCCUAAAGCAGUGGAAGUAGUAAGUGAGGGUUUCAUUUUUGAGUUAAGUAUUGCUGUUCAAGGACGGUCUUGAAAUUAUCUAUUUUGUUUUACAAUAGCACUAUUUUUCACACAGAAGCGUUCAGGAAGACCAGGAAAAUAGACUGUUUUAUUUUACAAACACAUUCCCAACAGCUAUUUAGACUGCCACAGAGUUUACAAAACUACUAAAUUCUACAUCUUAAGCAGCCUGAAAACUAGGGCAUUCGACCAGGAGAUAUUAAGAUGUUUAAGCAGAUGUUCUGCAACCCUUUUAGUAAUUUUGUUUUGGUUUAUAUAUGAAAAGAAAUAAAAACAAAGUUAUUAUGAUUUUAGCAGUCUGAUCCAGUUAGACAAUCAAACAGUCCACCACUGGCUAAAAAUAAAUUAUCUAAUUCAAAUUACUAAUUCAUAGUUUAUAAUUUUUUCAUCCUGAAUUUUAAUGCAUAUAGAAUAUAGGUAUCAGGUAAUCCUCUGGGAUAAUGUUUCUUAUGUUAAUGUUAAAAAAAGAAAUUAUUUCAUCGCAAUCUGAGUUUUUCUUUUUUUUUUUUUUACUUGACUGCAUCUCCUUGACAUUAAGACCAAAGAAAUCCUGGUGAGAUACCUCUAUUUCUUUAGGCACCACCAGUUUGCGUACAGGAACUAAAUUUUCUUGGCUUGCUGGUGAAAAAAUCUGCUGUACUGCAUAGAAAAUAAAAGUUUAGGCCAAGUUGGAGGAGGACGGGUGUGUGAGCUGUCACUGCCUAAAGAACUAUUACUACUUUACAUUCCUGAAUCUCUUAGUCCAUAGAGAUAUUAUAAUAAUGUAUUUGAGUAGAUGUAAUGUAAUCCGCAACAAUCUCUAUUUAGUAAAAGUAACUGAAUAUGUGUACAUUCAUAGGGGAAACAAAGCAUGUCAGUCAUUUCUAAACAAGUUGUGGGGAUGUGGAAGUAGAAAAUUGCUCCACAAUUUAAUAAUGUCAGAGAUCACUAGGACUAAUGAUGAAGCUGCACACUAUAAAACCAGUUUCUUAAUUUUCUCAUUUUCUAGUUCAGAUAGGACUUUUCACUAGAAAAAGCCAUAUUCUUUAGACUGCAAUAACUAAAAAUGAUUUAAAAAGUAUCAGUAUAACAUUGAAGCUUUCUAAUGUUUAUUUUCUGUUGUAAAAUUAGACAUAAGGUAUUUCCAUACUUUGUAAAUCUCCAUUACUUCACUACCUUGUAUACUAAACAUAAACAACAGAAAAAAAUAUAUAGAAAAAGAGAAUCCAUUGUCAGAAGUGUCUCUGUGUUAAAUGUGAAUUGUAAGUGUGUUUGGUUUAUGUAUGUGUGUCUUUCUACAUGUCUGUGAUGCGAGACCAUGUUGUUGAUUCACGUAGUCUUUGUUUAAACUGUAAAGGUGUCUUUGAGCUAAAAUGUGCACAGGAAGAAGCUGAUGUGGUCUUCAAGUUGUGCCAUGUAAAAAGGAAAAAAAAGAUACUCAACACAUUCCUUUUAUAUAUUGAGCAUGCAAGUGUUUGGUAGAGAUAAGAAUACACCAAAUGUCAGACACAAACACGUGUGUAUUCAAUCUUGAGUUGCUGUUUCUGUAAAAGUCUCCAGGCAACAGAAUCUGCACGGAUACAGAAAAAUCUGUUUUAUCUUGGGCUCGAGGAAGCUUUCAUGUACUUUGCUGUUUGAGUAAAUGAGUAGAGACUUCAUGGUUAGUUUUUCUUGGAUGGUAGGUCACUCUAAGGAUGGGGGAAGAGGGAAACAAUUUAUGUAGUUUCAGAAAAAUACUGCCUGUUUUUCUUAUUUUGUUUUUCUUUUGGUAAGAAAAUAUAUUUAAAAAAAAAAACAUUUCUAGUACUAAACUGGUUGCUUAAGCACCAAUUUUCUACAUUUACACUGCCACAAGUUUGACUUAUGGACCUGAUAGACUGCUAUACAUGGCUUCAAGCACUGAGCCUAAUAAAAUAAUGGAAACCAACAAGUUUCCUAUUUAAAAAGCACCAUUUUCGGAUUUUGGGACCAAAACAUUAAAUUAUUACUAACAAUAUAAAAUAGUAUAAGAAUAACAUGAACUUACUGUCUCCAUUUUCCAGCCAUUAUUGGCCUACAAUUAUUUAUACCGCUCGCAGAUUUAAAUUUGUUAUUAUUUAUACCUGACCAAGAAGUUUGUUUCAAAUAAGAAAAGACAAACAAUUCUUUAAAGAUAACAGAACAAUGUAAAAAGAAUACGGUACAAUUUUAUGCAAAUAUUUUAUAUCUAUAUAAAUAUACUUAACUAAAAGAUGCAGUUGUGAGAUUAUUUUCACCAAAUUAUUGCCAUUCCAACAGUCAAAUCAUGCUUACAACUGCUGACCUGCUGUUUGCAUGUUUCCACUGGUGUUUUAAUGAUUUGUCUUUGAGAUUCAAGCCUCCUUGCCAUCACCCUGAUCUAUUGUUCACGCCACAGAUUCCCAGAAUCAAGUCAGGACUCUGGUUUGGCCUCUCUAAAAAUGCUAUACAAUGUGAUUUUAAACUUAAAUCUGCUAGGUUUAUGAAUAAUUUUGUGCUUAACUGGAUUUGGAGCUGCGGUAACAGCUAAACGUAUCAUUAGCUAGUAAUGUUAGCGCAUCUUUUGAAAAAGGAACGAUUUUUGUGGUUAAACUUCAGGUUACAUUAAACUCAAAGCACUGCAAAUCUGCAAUAUUCUAAUAUAUUCUACUGAAACAUUUCGGAAAUAGCCGCUGCCGUAGUUAUCAGCAGUGUGGGGAAUGAACCCUGAAAGCUGUCACUCACAAAUACUUCUAGAAAGGAUUAUACACUGAUACACAGUGCUAAUCUAUAAAAUAAAUCACUUUCACAUCUUGCAUGCCCAACCUUUCUUGCCGCACAAACAGCGUCAGACCCUGUGAGUCAUUUAAGUCAGUCCUGCAUAUUCCCAUUAAUACAAAUGGCACUAACCAUAGAAGAAGCAACACAGGGGUAGUCUUUCACAGGCAUGGUGUAAGUACAGAGCAAUAUAACCACAGUGGAAAUAUUCAUUGCAAAGUGUUAUAUUCACAUCAGACAAUGCCUAAAAGCAACACUUGUGUGGUCAAACAGUGUAGAAUUAUAUGAAAAUACACUUCCUUUAGGUUGGCGUUAUGCUACCAGUUGUUGAAUGCAUGCAGCCUUUUCUCAGCCAGCCACUUUAGGGAAUGUCGGGCACUAGAUGUUAGCAUAUUCAAGGGAGCUCUUUGUAUCUCCAGACCACAAGUAGCUUUGAAAAAAGAUCAUAAAAGCAUAAUAUUUUGGCUUCUGUCUGAAGAUUCCAGGGCUGCUCUGUACUAAGUGUGAUGCCCUCAAAAACAGUUAAAUUGUGUCAAUUAUCAAACUCAAAUCAAUGGAAUAACAAAGUGCAAGUAAAGUUACAAACUUUUCUACUUAGUUGCAAGUCUGUAAAACCAGCGUUCAGAAAGGUUUAGAAGUAGAUUAACAGGCUUCUAGAUGGUUCUGCCAUCUGUAUUACACAAUGGGAUAGGGUUAGGGUUUUCUAUAGAUAUUUCGGGUUUGUUGUGUAAAUGCAAAAUUGUCAGUUUGAAGAUUUACACAAGCAUUGCUUAUUUGUUAUCAAAUUCAAAAAGAAAUCAAGUUUAAACAUUUUGUUUGUUUUGGUCAUGAAAAUAGUUUUUACAAAUGAUCUAAUGCAGACAACUUAGGUCAUUUUACCAAUUCUGAAGGACUUAGCUUUAGCACCUUUUAAAUGGAAAUGUUGAAGUGCACAUAUGUUGUCAUAAUUAUCCUGGUAAACUGGCUCAAAGACAGAACUCCUAAGCCCUGUAGUUAUACAGAUGAUGAGACCAGAAUGUUAUUUUGAGCCAACCAACAUCUAGUUAAGAGACAAAAUUAGGAUGUGUGAGUAAAACGUUUUCUUUUGAUAAAUUUUAUAUAGCGGUAGAGUUUAUCUUUAUUUUUAUAACCGCAAACACUGUUUUAUCCAAAUUCUCACGUCUCCUUUUGGUAAGACAACCCAUUGAGAAAAGAUUUCUAUUUUAGCACAGCCAAGUUACUUAGAAAUAUAAAUUGAACAACAGAUAUGUUGACAUGAAAUUAACAUCAUAUUUUGGUAACAACCCCAGAAAUAUACAUGCAGAAUAUAGUCCAAAGUAAUUCCUCUGUAGAGCA